GCUUACCCUGCCCGAGCAGACACCAACCCACCCCAGCCUACCCACACCUGCAGCGGAGGACAAUGAAGGACAGGCCAGCUCUUUCCCUUGGCUAUCUGUUGGUAGCGUAUUGCGUGAUGACGGCCGUGAAUGGAGGGACCCUCGAGUGCCGGCGGGAAGGCAGGUUUCCUCACCCCGAAAAUUGUGCCAGCUAUGUGGAUUGCUUCCGGAAUGCCGAUGAUGUGCUAGUGGCCAGAGAAGGACACUGCCACGGAUAUCCCUACUCUCCCGAAAAGCGAAGGUGCGUCGACCAUUCCGAAAAGCCUGACUGUGUGACAAAAGGAAUCAGGAACUCGUUCCGCGCUUCUGACUUCAAUUAUCUGUGUGCCCAAGAUGAGUCUGGCGCUGGCUGCGUCAAUUGUAAGAUAACUUUUUCUUGCAUCAAUGGCAACGCCACGAUAAAUACGUGUGACGCUAGCAGCGUGUGUGAUGACACACAGGAAGUCUUUGGGUACUCUGUUUGCUUACCUCCUUUGUCUUUAGGGAUUAAGGAUAAGUGCUCUUGUAAGAAAGUGGGGCUAGUCAAAGAUCCUUACGACGCUGCUUACUUCCACUACUGUGGCUCCAACGGUGCCAUCCCGGAGAUCAUUCCAUGUGAGGCUGAUAAAGAGUUCAGUGAGGAAACUCAGACAUGCGAGGGUCAAUCCCGGUGAGCCAGAAAUUCCUUCCUGUGAUGGGAAGACAGGCACCUUCGUGAAUCCUAACGAUUGCUCUUGGUCCUACACCUGCCUCCCCGGCGGUACUGUGCGGGCCAGCUCUUGCGGAAACGAUGAAUACUUCAAAGAUGGUCUGUGUGAGAAAAAGUGUUCGUUCGGAGAACCGGCAGUGCUAGAACCUUGUACAGGGCCCGGUUUCUUAAUUUACCCCGACGAUUGCACCAAAUAUAUCUUCUGCACGGAUACAGGCGAGUCACCCGAGGUGAAGUUUUGCUCCGAGGGCUUUUUCUUCAACGAGGACACCAAGAGAUGCACCGACACCACACUGCCGACGAGGUGCGAAAUCCAAGGAGGAUUCGAUUACCUUUCCUGCCCGGGCCAUGAAGAUGUCGAUUUCGAUGCCCCGUGUAUUAAAUAGUGAGCACCUCGCCGUCGCAAUGGUGGCAACUCGCUGGAGUAACUUUUAUGAUAAUAGAUUCUAUGUAACCGUUUUUGUUUUUAAAUUUUCGUCCUAUGUAGAUUAUUUAUAGAAAGAUCAAAUUGAAACAUAUCUCAAUACUUUAACUAGGCAAAUGAAAACAAAUGGAUUUUAUGUGUUACGAGUAUACAAUGAUUCUGAAAAUAUUUCACAAGCAGCAUCCUAGUUCCAGCAACCAAAAUGUUAUUGAUAGCCAUAGGCUAUCAUUCCUGCCGCGCCUGUCUGGCCAUGCAACUCUGCAGCCGCCAUGUACAGGCAGGGUGAGCCUGGUGGCAGUAAAGACCUGUGUUCAUGUAAUAAAAUCAAAUACUAUGUUCAGCGCUAUGAAUACUACAGUGUCAUAGAUAUAUUCAAGUAAAAUUGGUUGUAAAUUUUACUUUAUUAAAGAUUUGUACGUAUGUGACGACCAAAUAUAAAGAAAUAAAAAAGAAAAUAAAUGAAAGACUUA